GAACAGGUCAAAUGUAUGACGUCUGGGCUUUAUAGUGUGUAUGUGAGCGAAUUGAAGGUAUCUUGCCCAAAACACUCGAGCGUCGCUCCGAGUCUGGAUGCAGCGGAUAGCCCUUAGUAACGCAAGAAAAUCUAGGCCUGUUUGAAAGUUUGAUCAAGCAAGUGAAGCAACGAUGCCUAGUUCACUAUUAACAGACAUGGAAAGAGGGAACGCUGGCCCUUCGUUAGAUGAUCAUAGAGCAAUGCAACUCGCUUUAGAGUUAGAAUUAUCAAUGCUAGGCCUGGACGAAGAGCCAAACUUUGCAGAAACUCGUGCCAAGAAGAGCAUGAACAUGACAGAAUGCGUACAAGUUCCUACUUCGGAGCACGUCGCGGAAAUAGUCGGCAGACAAGGUUGUAAGAUAAAAGCCCUGCGAGCAAAGACUAAUACAUACAUCAAAACACCGGUGCGCGGGGAAGAUCCAGUGUUCGUCGUUACAGGUCGAAAAGAAGACGUUGCUAUGGCUCAGAGGGAAAUCAUGCAAGCCGCAGAGCAUUUUAGCCAAAUCAGGGCCAGUAGAAGAAACAGCAGCAGCCUUAGCAAUGGCACUAUUGGCCCGAACUCCCCUACCAUCCCUGGACAAAUAACAAAGUCGGUAAGAGUACCUUACAGAGUUGUGGGCCUCGUUGUUGGCCCGAAAGGUGCCACUAUCAAACGAAUUCAGCAGAGCACGAACACAUACAUUGUCACCCCUUCAAGAGAUAAAGAACCUGUUUUUGAAGUUACUGGCCUUCCUGAAAACGUCGAUAAAGCAAAAGGCGAGAUCGAGCAACAUAUUGCUCUCCGCACCGGCGGAAUUUUAGAGAACACCCCUCCGGAGAACGGUGAUGGGCAUUUGUACAACGGUUUCGCUUCGCCGCUUUUCUCUCCAACAAAUUCUGCGAGUUUUUCAGCCUUCCUUGAUCACAAUCACACACCUCACAAUCAUCAAAGAUCCAGCUCAUCAGAUUCGUUCAGUGGCUACUACGCUAGCUCAAGUGGUUCUUCAAAGUUUUCAGACCUUGGCGUUAAAAGUCCUUUUACAAACAACGGCUUUUUCGGUGACGAUAUUGUGCCGUCGCCGACCGCGGAUCUGGAUUCGCCGCGCAAUUCUGCUUUCGACCCGGCUCCCGGAUCGCCAGCUCCAAGCAUAUGGCCAGAUUUGGCUGGUUCGCGUGCUUUGAAUCGCGCUGUUGGCGGCCAUACAUUGCAGAUAGCAAGAUUGAACAGCGCAAGCAUGGAAAAUGGCAAUGAUAUGGAGCCUAUCACCCUUCGCCAGCCACCCAUGAGACGCAUGAUGUCUGAGCCAAUAAAGCAGGACGGGAUUUCUGGCCCACCCGGUCGUGGCAUUUUUUCCUCAUUCAGUCCGACCGACUUGAUUAAUCGUCGCAACAAUGAUGUCGUAUACACAAGUGGAACAUUGAAUGGUUUGUCUUCACCCACCAUCGAUGUUUCAGCAAAUGGCUCACUGAGUGAUGGGAGCACAGGCUCACAAGCAUCCAGCCCGGGGGCAAAUUGGAGACGAAACAAUAUGAUUGAGGAUGGUUUCAAAAGAAAGCUUUGCUACGUUUGCAAGAGUGGAGAUGUUGUUGCUGCCUUGGUACCUUGCGGACACAACCUGUUCUGUAUGGAGUGUGCCUCUAAGAUGCGGAAUGAUGCCAAAGAUUGCCCGGCCUGCGGCAAGCUAGUAGAGCAAGUGAUACGCAUUAUUCCUUACUGAGGCGAGCAUGCUGUGUGACGUCAGAUGCAGUGCGGAUGGUCCUCAGUAAUUUGUGAGUAAGGAAAUUUCUACAUUUAUUAUAAAAUCUAUCCAUUCAGCUAAUUAAUACUGCUCUAUUUUAAUUGCAGAAGACUAAAUAACCAAUUAAAGGACUAUCCCUCAUAUAUAUUUAAAUAUUUAGAUUUUGACUGGAGAGUGUCUUUGGCAAAUUAGUUUUAUAAUAAUAGUAGUAAAAAAUUUUAAUUAUAAAAAUAAAGACAAUUGUUUAAUAUUAGAUUAACAUUCCCAGCAUGCUUUGCGCUGUUAUUUUAGAACUGAACUGAAGUGGUAUAAAAAUAUUCCAGUUUUUUCAUGGUGUCAUACAAUAACAGCCAGGAAUUCUCAAAAGCAAAUCGAUUAUGCCCAUAUUUAGAACACGAAAUGUUCAGAUUGUUCUUUCUGACUAUACGAACCUGUUUUGAAAUGCAUCAUCUUUAUUUAGAAAUAUCUAAUUGAGUUAAGACAAAAGGCUUCCUGUGAAUUUGCUUACGUAGCCAAUAUUACAAAAAAGCUUUUAUGUUUGCUACUUUGUGCAGAUCAAUCCCAUUGUUUUGGGGGUUCUUUGAUACGUGAAGCGGACGCCCAGUGUUUCGGAGCUUGUAUUCAUUACUCGUUGAUCUAUAACUAAUUUAUCGCGCGGUAGUUACUCCCUGUUAGUUUUCUUGACGCAGAUGGUUGAAAGAAUCCCUCCUUGAACAAAUUUUACUCACGUUAUAUCCUCAGAAGAUAUUUAUAUUAAUAACCCUGAUGCUUAUAGAAUUCCUGGCUGUCCGUAGAUUGUUCACACUCUCCUUUUUCUCGAACUAUCGUCUGGUGUUAACAGAUUAUAAAAAUAAAAUUAUAUGGGUCAUAAUUAUAUUUUAUAUAUACACUGUAAAUCAUACUUGGUGAUUUGGGCCUAAUCAUUUGAGCUUUAUUGAUGUUUUUAACAUACGAGCUCAAAACCACGUGACUAUGGUCUAUGUUUCGCAUAUAACGUCUCAAGGUCGUUAUUUUUCAUGCCUUGAGUCCGUCCUGCAAUCAGCAGAAAAUCGCAGGUGCCUUGGUGCAAAAAUCGUUUUGGAUUGUUUUUGAUGCUGAUUAAACCCUUUGCCUUGGAGCUCUUACCAAGGCGUGAUUUUCAAACAUUUUCCAAAAAUAAUCUUUGUGAUUCCGUCUGAACGUCUGAAGAUUUCCAAGGCAUCGCUUGAAAUGUAUUCGAUUCUCAGAUGGCCAAGUAUGAAACAAAUAUUUUGUUUAUUUCUUUAUAAAUAAUCGAAUUUGGUAGAACAGAAUGCACUGUCAAAAUGCAGUGGCCUAGAGAACAGAGUUAUAGUGUGCAGGAAGCAAGGAAUCUUCUACUUGUAUAACGAAAACAUUGCAUGAUGCCUGUGUCAUCUUAGGAUUGAAAUGAAACCGAUUCAAUAAAAAUCAUGUUCACUCACUUUAAACCUUGAUCAAGGAGAGCUUUUCUUUUCUGACUUUCAUAAUCAUAACAAGAAAGUUUACUUUUUUGCUUGAUGCUUCUCUUGCCUAGGUAACUACUUGCUACUGUCUCGCUUAACUGGGCUUUCCUUUCUGUCCUCUGAAUCGUGUUUGCGUGUUUGCUUCAUGCCUUUCCUUAAAAGGCUGUGUUCCUGUUAAAAACCUUUUACUAUCAUUUCCUUUCAGUUGCGCUCUUUCGGAUACCAAUUAGGUAGUCAGUGCAAAACAAUAUCAAAGCUAUUUUUCUUUCGGAAAAUUAUUCAAAACAUUAAACUUAUAAGUUCUUUUCGAAAUCUUCAUAGCGAUAUAAAUAUUUACCAUUUUCAUGCUGGCGGUCAAAUAGUUUUUCGACUUACGUACAUUUUGCUUAUACCACUAACAAUUAAGAUAGAAAAGUCUCUUUCUUCAUGGAGUCAUUUCGUUGUGCUGGCUUGUCAAACUGCGUGGGAAUUUCUUCCUUUAUCCAUGUUUGUUUUGGUUUGCCUCGUUUUGUUUGUGCCUUGAGAUUAAUGACAUAAAUCUGAGAGCGAAACACAACAAAGCCGAUGUGCUUUCUAUCGAUCGUGGUUCAUUAGUGGUUUUCUCCUUAAGCCUUCCAACUCACCAAUGCAAAACCCUGAACAAUAUUACGGUUUCUUUAAGAUAUUGCUUGAUUUCCACUGCUGACAAUUACUUUGCUAAUCAUUUCAUCCUGUCGUCUAUCGUCUCUCGAUCGUUAUUCAUUGGUUUUUCAGUCGUUGCCAAGCUGACCUGAAUCUCCAUGCCUCCUUAUGUUUGCUUGUUUCUUUGCUUUGUGUUACAUUCAGUGUGCUAACUACGGUAGUCUCGAAAAUGUCUCUAGUCUUUAAUUCCUUUAUCUUUCGCUUUUAAUUCUCAAACUAAGCAAAGUUUUAGGUAUAAAGAUAUAAUUAACGCUGUACCCCCUGUUAAACAAUUUCAUACUUAGAAAAGUUGACUGCAACACCAACAUGCUGCAGCAACCUCCCUUAGAUAUUAUUCUGUUAAUCUUUGGUUGCUGUUUCAUCAAUUUUUACCGCUUGGAUUUAUAUCCUUAUAAAUAAGUAAAUAUAUCAUACUACAAGCCACGUUUUCGUGUCUCCUGCUAAUUUCAAUCAUCAGUAAGAUUUUCGGACGCUCUCAAUCAGGACGAGUCAAUCUUUAAAUGCUGUCCUAUUUCCUACGCUCGUUCUGUUUCUAAUAUAUCUUAAAAAGUUUGGGAGAGAUAUACUGAAAGAUUCAUAGUUCCGAAACUUUCAAUGGUUAAGAAGAGUUAUCUCGUAAGCCAUAAAGAUUAAUAGAUCGCAAAGGGACAUCCAUUAUUUAUGCUCGCGCAGUUGUAUACUUGAGAGAAAUGAGUUCUUAAGAUUUGCAUUUGCUUCUCUGGGUCAAACACGUUUUAGGAGAUUUUCGUACACCUGCGCUCUUGUAUAGCAUUCAGUAGGUUGACCCUUCUCUGUCCAGCUUUUCUCGAAUGCUGAUUGAUUUUACCUAGGCCGGUCUUUGCAACUGAAAGGGAAUGAAUGGUUCUGACUGAAUAAUUUCUUGUAUUCUCGCUCCAUUCUUUCCUUUGUUAUAGAUAACUUGUUUCUAAUUGUCUACACUGAAUGGCAGAUGGUAAAAUGCUAAUGGAGAUUUCUUCAAAGCAGUAGCGAAAUUUCUUUUGUGCUGUUUGGCUCUAAACUUUUAAUCAUUAUUGUACAUUUAUAAAAUGAUUUGUUAGUGCGCUCGAUACAGCUUUGAUGGUUGAAUAAGUUUCUGUAUCUAAUACAGUGACUAUUAAUUUACCAGGCCAAUUUUGAACGUGAUGUUAGCCGAAAGAUUGUUGCUUUGUUUUCAAACGCCAAGAGAAGAUUCUUUGCUAUAUCCACCCGGUGAACGAAUGAUGAAGUGGUUCUUAAUUUUAUUUGUUUACUUUUCGGGAUCUUUCUAGGCCCUGCUAGCGUCUUAUGAAGAAGCUUCUCUUUUGUUAACUGAGGUAAUUAUUUACAUUUUGGCAACCAUCAAUUUUUCAAAACUGUUACAGCAAAUUGUUCGUGUCAAGCAAACGGUUACCUUUUCGAAAAUUUGUUUUAGUUUAGAUGAUCUAGCAUAGAUUCGCAUGUCGAAGUUCCGAUUGACAAAAAUGCAACGCCCCCAAGUAGAACGCCCCCAAGUAGAACGCCCCCAAGUGCAACGCCCCCAAGUGCAACGCCCCCAAGUGCAUUGCCCCCAUAUCCUCAAAAUUCAUUAUGUUCUUCGAGCACUUUCCUUCUAAACUUAACAUUUUUCUACUUCGAUCUUUUCAAACAAAGUUUUGCUCAACCUGGUUUAUUACGUUACAGAUUUUUUUAAAGAAUCUGCAGAACUUAAUUGUUUAUCAUCUUGUAUAGGAUUAAAUUAGAUAGCAAGUAAAUUUAUCGUGUUUAUAGCACAUUUAGCCGUGCUUUUAUGAUACAUUAACAGGUUAACGCGAGUUUUUUAACGGGUGCAUAAAAGUUACUGACAGUUUUUGCUUGUUUUUUGUCGUAAACGAGUGCAUUGGGAGAUCUUAGACAGAUUUCUGGAUGCAAGUAGGACUUUUUCAGAUGGUGAACUUUUGAUUCAGUUUUUAACACGCUUGUGUAUACUUGCAAUUUUUGUUCAAUUUAGAAGUUUUUGAGAUUAUAUUUAGGGCAUAGGGUUUGUAAUGAGAAGUAUAAAAAAUCGUGUGUUAUCGUCCAGACAAAGAUUUUUAAUAUGCGUCAGUGAUCGUCACUAGCACCGCAAUAUUUUACAUAAGAUUGAUGUACAGUACGUCUAUAGACGAGCGUGCGAACUGUUGUAGAAACCAUUAAAAGAAUAUUUUUUAUUUUAAACACACAUUACUUAUAAUGAAUUGAGAUAUUAAUGAUGGCAGAUCUUUUAUUUUUGUUGUCCGCGUAUCAGAGCGUUUAAUGUUAGUUUAACGCAACUCGGCUUAUUAAUUAUAUCAGAGAGUCGAGCUUCGCUUGACCAAACAUACAGUUUAUCAACAUUCUAUCCUGGUACUGAAAUUAUUACGUUAAAUUGUAGAUUUAUUUCGCAUAGAUACAUAAAGUGAUUUUUUCCAUAGAAUUGUUUAUUAACUAACCCCUCGUUUAUUUUUUCAAAGAACAUUAUGGGUCAACCCAGAAAGAAAUAUCUUUAACAUGUGCUAAUUGGAGAGUCUGUAGGCAGUGGCCCUCUGUGUAAAUUCAUGUACGCAGAUUUAAUGACAGUUGCAGGCUGGAUUUCCCUUGAUAAUGCAUUGACGAACACGUGAAACCGAAUAUUCGUAGUUAGUCCCUGAUGAACUUUUUGCCUUUAUCCCAAACGUUGUUUUGAUGACCAAAUAAGGAAAAUGUGUCAAUUGUAACGAAAGUUUUGACCUUAGGCUCCCUAGCAAAUUCCUCAUGCAAAUUCUUUGCUAAUAACCACUUUUCAAUUUUAAGACUUCUUUCCAAGCGUAGAUAAUCUUGUAACUGAGAUUACUUCCACAUAAUCCAUUUUCUUUUAUUUGUCCCUUUUUAAGAUCGAGCAGAAAUCCAGCCUUAGAAACUUGCGUUCAGGGAUCUCCUAUUUCCACAAUAAUUAGCAAUCUGGAAUCUGGAGCCAAAUAGGACGGGUGAAUCGAUGCUAGCCUGGUUACGAAUUUGGUGGCCAUGUUUCCUAAAACACGUAACCUCAGACCCUAAACGGCCAACCAAGUCUGUCAUUUCCCAUGAAGUCCUCUAUUCCUAGAACCAGGUUUAGGCCUAUGUUGACUUGUGCGUUGCAGGCUUGUUUGAAAUAGACAUUCUCAUAGAUUCAAGAUCAUAGUAACUCGAUAUAUGCUAGAUGGUAAUAUACUGCAGAGUCUUUUUAGUUGUUUAUGAGUAUUGCAUAUAUAAGAGUUUUAACUUCAUUAAAUGAGCGUCUCAAUUAAAAACACUUCUCAGAGAUUUCGUUAAUUCAAUAAGGUAGUCAUGUCUUAAUGCCAACAGCAGCAACUUUCGAUCUGAAAUUGCCACACUAUUUUCAAUUCGUUUUGUUUCGCGAGACAUAUGGGCCUAGUCAUAGGUCACGCCAAGGUUUAAAUUGUAAACGCAGCUUAUUGGUGCGUCUUUGAAAUAUAUUGUUUAAUCAGUUUUAAAAUCUAAUCCAUUCUCAGCUCAGGAAAGCAUUUCAAAGCGGUUUUCCAGUGAGUUUAUAGCCGAUUAAAAGUGUAUUGCAGAGUCCCAGCUUUGAUACCAAAAUGCACAAAAAAGUUGAGAGAUCACAAGUGCAACAAACAAUUUCUAUCUUAGCAGUUGUUGCUGUUGUAUUUUAUCAAUUCUAAAGUAGAGAAAAUUCACAAACAUCAGUUAGCGUAUUUCGUAUUUAAGAGAUCGUGUAAAAGGGUUGUAGAUAAUGCCAUUCUAUUGUUUAUAAUGAAACUCAUUUUGCUAAA